AUGUCUACGUUGCUUCCAUAUUCCGAUAUUUCCUCUUCAGAAAAACGAAUACGUUCCGCUACUUCCGAACGUCCUGAUGACCCACUCUUAUAUAUCGAACGGCAGUCUAGAUACUUGCAGCGACAGAUACAGAGCCUAUUGGAUGCGCAAAGCGAUGGCCUGCUAGCUAGUAUGCAAUCGCCGGGGCAUGUCAGCAAUGAUAUCUUUUCGAAUGCUAGCUCCACACCACCUGCCUCUGCAACUGGGAGCCGAGAACAAAGCGUGCGUACGAUACCUGUUCGACAGCCGCCGAAGAAGAAGAUCGGUUUGCGUGCUGCACGAAAGGGCAUACUACGAUCAAUGAGCGACCUUCUCAGUCUCCGGGAAGAAGAGAAGCGGCUUUUACAGAGACAGAUACAACAAAGACAAGAGGCGAUCGAAGAAGUCGAUACGUUUGCGAGCAAAAAAGCCGGCCUCGAGAAGACGUUAACGGACUUGGAGAACGAUCGCGAGGGUGACCGGGCUCGGAAGCUGAAAGGGGAAGCGAAAGGCCUAGAAUACGAAAUUGAAGAGCUUGAGUUAAAGCUUGCCGACAUGAAGGCGAGGCACCGGCAUAUCAUACAAGAAGUCUCUCGUAUAGAGAAUGCCGUGGACGCCAAGCUCUCGUCUUAUAAGGAGUCUUUGUCAAUUCUUGACACGGAAGUCCGUCGGUAUUUGGAAAUUCCGCCGCUUCAGCCUUUGAAGCAUAAUGUUAAAAGGUCCUCAUUUUACUCCCUCCAUCCAAAACGACGAACGCUCGAAUUAGCUCGCGAACAUUGGCAGGCGGAACAGUCAGAAUUGGCUAAAAGACAGGAGAGUGUAGACAUGGAAAUUGCUGCACUAGAUGAUGGCGGACCUGUAUGGCAAAGCGUGGUUAAAGAGCUAUCGGGUUUUGAACGGAGAUUGAGGGAUGGCAUGCAACAAUCACUGAUGCUAUCGAAGUCGUCGCUGUUACCUUCGGACAAUGAAGAAGCACGGAAACAAGAACAAGGGAAGAAAAUCAUUGAGGACCUAGAGGCUACAACUCGCUUUAUUGAGGAAAAGCUCGAGCUUGCCGAGGAGAAAGAUUGGAAACUGCUCGUGUGCAGCAUUGGCACCGAACUGGCCGCUCUACGAGAAGCUCAAAUAAUGUUGAAGCAAAUGUUCGGUUAUACGGACCAGGAAGACCCUGAAAACCCAGUUGCACUAACUACAGAGACCACCACCACAAGAAACAGUAUUAGCAAUCUACGGGGAUCUGACCAACAACCAGAAUCCACCACUACCGCACUGGCCAAUCCUCCUACAGUCAGUGUCAGCGAGGAUGACGAGCAUGCAGACGAACCACCAUCAGAUCUAUUGAAGGAUGUGACAUCAGAAGAAUUGAAACCUACAACAUUCCGAUCAGAAGAUGAGGACGACGACCCUGAUCCAGCUUGGCUGCUCUCUGACCCAUAG